AUGAAAAAAAUAAAAAUAAAAACAUAAUCCAAGAUCCCUAAAAAUUCCCAAAAAGAACCCUAGAUUUUCUCCUCUCACGCUCCUUGGUUCCUCACUCGCUUUUGCUUCCCCACUCGCCUGCUUCGUGUUCUUCUUUGCUUUGCUCUUUUCACGUCAGAAUUUUGCCUUCCCUCCCUUUGUCUCUCUCUGGGUGGCCGAGAAAAUACAGUAAAAAGCCCUCACCAAUCCAAAAGUUUGACAUUUCCUGAAUUUUGUAGUCUCUUCAUUUGAAUUCUCAGGUUUUCUCUUAAGAUACAUUAAAGUCUCUGUCUUUUAUGCUGAUACUAAUGAAAGUUCAGUUCUUUCACUGAAAUUUUAGAACCAGAACUUUUCUACUACUAGAAGUAUGUUGUCUCUGACUCUCUUAGUUUGAGUUCUCAGGUCUCCUUCUCUUAUUUGUGUGAAAUUUUACUCUUUUUUGGCUUUAGAAACAGAACUUUUCUACUAUUAGAAGUUAUGUUGUUGAAAGUUCUUCACUUUCAUUUGAUUCCAUUGAUUUCAUAUUGCUUUGUGUGUUUCAAGUUUGAUGUUUUUAGGUAGAAGAUGUCGCGCUGGUUCUUAUGAAGUUUGGUUGUGACAUUUUUCAGGUGCUAAGGUGGAUUAUCUAGUAGAAAGAUUUCAGUUUCCAAUUUCAUGGAAGCCCAUAGUGGGGUAGUUGCUUUUGAGUGUGUUAGUGAAUCCAUAUGUGGCUAAGGUUAGGAUGGAUUUGCAAGAGAAUCUGGUUAGUGAUGCAGGGGAUGACCAUAUGGUUGACAUUGUAGUUGAACCGCAUAGUAACAGAGAUAUAGGAAUUGUUGAUGAGUUCAAUAUAGGUGGAGAUGUUGGAUUUAGUGGUGAUCUGGAUCUUGAGCCACGAAAUGGUAUAGACUUUGAUACCCAUGAGGCAGCGUAUAUCUUUUAUCAGGAAUAUGCAAAAUCUAUGGGUUUUACUACGUCGAUUAAAAACAGUAGACGUUCCAAGAAAACUAAAGACUUCAUUGAUGCUAAGUUUGCUUGUUCCAGAUAUGGUGUGACUCCUGAGUCUGAGAGUAGUGGUAGUAGUAGUCGAAGGUCAACUGUGAAAAAAACAGAUUGCAAGGCUAGUAUGCAUGUGAAGAGAAGACCAGAUGGGAAAUGGAUCAUUCAUGAGUUUGUAAAGGAUCACAAUCACGAACUUUUACCUGCCCUUGCUUAUCAUUUCCGGAUUCAGAGGAAUGUCAAGUUAGCUGAGAAGAAUAAUAUCGACAUUCUGCAUGCGGUUAGUGAACGGACCAAAAAAAUGUAUGUUGAAAUGUCGAGACAAUCUGGCGGAUAUAAGAAUAUCGGGUCUCUUCUUCAGACCGAUGUCAGCAGUCAGGUUGAUAAGGGUAGGUAUCUAGCUUUGGAAGAAGGAGAUUCUCAAGUACUGCUUGAGUACUUCAAGCGUAUCAAGAAAGAAAACCCUAAAUUCUUUUAUGCUAUAGACCUGAACGAGGACCAACGUUUAAGAAAUCUGUUUUGGGCUGAUGCCAAGAGCAGAGAUGACUAUUUGAGUUUCAAUGAUGUUGUAUCCUUUGAUACUACUUAUGUCAAGUUUAACGAUAAGUUGCCACUAGCUUUAUUUAUUGGGGUGAACCAUCACUCCCAACCUAUGUUACUAGGCUGUGCAUUGGUUGCUGAUGAGUCUAUGGAGACUUUUGUGUGGCUGAUAAAAACAUGGCUACGAGCAAUGGGUGGUCGAGCUCCUAAAGUUAUACUCACUGACCAAGAUAAAUUCUUGAUGUCUGCUGUUUCAGAGCUCCUACCAAACACUCGUCAUUGCUUUGCGUUAUGGCAUGUUUUAGAAAAGAUUCCUGAAUAUUUCUCACAUGUGAUGAAACGGCACGAGAAUUUCUUACUGAAAUUCAACAAAUGCAUUUUCAGAUCUUGGACAGAUGAUGAGUUUGAUAUGAGGUGGUGGAAAAUGGUCAGCCAGUUUGGACUUGAGAAUGAUGAAUGGCUGCUAUGGUUGCAUGAACAUCGCCAAAAGUGGGUGCCCACAUUUAUGAGCGAUGUGUUUCUGGCAGGCAUGUCGACAUCUCAACGUUCAGAAAGUGUGAACUCUUUCUUCGAUAAGUACAUCCAUAAGAAAAUCACGCUGAAAGAGUUCUUGAGGCAAUACGGUGUGAUUCUGCAGAAUAGGUACGAAGAGGAAUCUGUUGCAGAUUUCGAUACUUGCCACAAGCAACCUGCAUUGAAGUCCCCCUCGCCCUGGGAGAAGCAAAUGGCAACAACUUACACCCACACAAUAUUUAAGAAAUUUCAAGUCGAGGUCUUGGGGGUUGUCGCUUGCCAUCCUAGAAAGGAAAAAGAAGAUGAAAAUAUGGCGACGUUUAGAGUUCAAGACUGUGAAAAAGACGAUGACUUUCUUGUAACGUGGAGCAAAACUAAGUCAGAACUUUGCUGCUUCUGUCGUAUGUUUGAAUACAAAGGGUUUCUUUGUCGGCAUGCUUUGAUGAUUCUGCAGAUGUGUGGUUUCGCCAGCAUCCCGCCUCAGUAUAUAUUGAAAAGGUGGACAAAAGAUGCUAAGAGUGGAGUAUUAGCUGGUGAAGGAGCAGACCAGAUACAGACCCGAGUUCAGCGCUAUAACGAUUUGUGUAGUCGAGCCACUGAAUUGAGUGAGGAAGGUUGUGUGUCAGAAGAAAACUACAACAUCGCAUUGCGCACACUAGUCGAGACCCUGAAAAAUUGUGUUGAUAUGAAUAAUGCUAGAAACAACAUCACUGAGUCUAAUAGCCAGCUUAAUAAUGGUACUCACGAAGAAGAAAACCAGGUAAUGGCUGGGGUAAAAGCAACAAAAAAGAAGACUGUAUAUAGGAAAAGAAAGGGACAACAAGAGGCUAGCCAAAUGCUUGAAUCUCAACAGAGCUUGCAACCAAUGGAAACUAUAAGUUCAGAGGCGAUGGACAUGAAUGGUUACUAUGGUCCUCAACAGAACGUUCAAGGACUGUUAAAUUUAAUGGAGCCACCUCAUGAAGGCUACUAUGUAGAUCAACGAACCAUCCAAGGCCUGGGACAACUGAAUUCGAUAGCACCGGCGCAGGAUAGCUUCUUCACGAAUCAGCAAGCCAUGUCUGGGAUGGUGGGUCAAAUCGAUUUCAGACCUCCUCCCAAUUUCACUUACACUUUACAGGAAGAGCAUUUGAGUUCUGCCCAAUUACCUGGUAGUUCAUCAAGGCAGCUAUAGUAGCAACACGUUUUGAUUACUUUGGAGAGAAGUUUUGUCUCAGGAAACAUUUGCAAGAAGCUGUUCCAAACAUGAGAAAAACACAAGAUCUUUCAUGGAGCUGAGUUGCAAUGACAAGAUGUAAUCUUUUCUUAAAUUGGUUUCUGUAUAUUAUGGGAUUGCCUUAUGAUGUAUUAAUGUGGGAUGAAAUAUUGUGUUAUCUGAUUGAAUGUCUUGAGAUUUAAUAGAUGCACUUGUAACAACAUCUUUAUCUAAACACAUAGAAAUCUAUCCUCUGUGUAUUAGUCAAACAAGUAAUUUUGA